AUGGAUGAAAGACCGUGGUUCCUGCCUGUCAACUCUUCCCGAAUUCCCAUCCUGAUAGGCGAGGUUGCUGAUCCGGCCUUCGCAACUCGAAUCCGUCAAACUAUCUCCAAGAGGCCCCAAAACCACAUUCCGAGGACAGCCUAUCCUGCAAAUGAUCCAGUGCCUGACUGCGUCCUUCCUGAGCUGAACCAUGUACAUGCCCGCUUCUUGCUCAAAACAGCUCUAGCAUACUUUGACGGGCGUUAUCACAUUGUGCGGAAAAGUGCCACCUGGUCCCUAUUUGACAAGUACAUCCAAGCGCCAGCCUCGCUAGACCCUCUCUCUAAAUGUAAGAUCUCUGCGUUGUUCGCAUUUGGGGAGCUUUAUUCAAGCCAGGGUAAAACUUCACCUGACGGGGUACCGGGUAUGGUAUUCUUCAAGGAUGCGAGCAAGGCGUACGGUGCCUUACAUGAACGGCCCACCACUGACUACGUGGAGACCUGUCUGAUCUUGGCUCUGUUCUCGCUACACGUCAACAGGCGUCAUUCUGCAUACUUCUUAGCCAGCUCCGCCAUUCGGCACUGCAUCGUCAUGGGGUUACACUUCAACGUACCGGACUCUCAAAUUCAUGAUGCAGGUACUCGGGAACACCUAAAUCGACUUUGGUGGACUUCCUAUCUCCUCGAUCAUCAGUGUGCAACUAUCAGCAGCCAAGCAAUAUCAGUCUCGGACGAGGAGAUCUUUGUUGAUGUUCCUAAGGAGAUCCAACUUACCGAGAUCCAAGCUGUGGAUUUUCAGUGCACCGAUUCUCUUGCGUCGAGAAUCUCUCUUGCCAGGCUGACCAACAGGAUUAUCAGGACACUCUACGGGCGAAGUACAUACUCUAGCCCUUUCUUGGGUCGGGUUCAAAGUGCCCUGAAGGAUCUUCGGCACUGGUAUCGGACUAUACCAGAGGCUUUGAGGGCGACUGCAAACGGCUCUUAUCGAGGACCCGCCACGAUGGACCUCCAUCUCUCCUUCAACCAGUGUUUGAUCUUGACCACUCGCCCUGUCCUCCUCUACGUGACUCGCGUUCGGAUGACGGCUGGGGUAAAUUCACCCAGCAUGGAUCAUCUCCACACUGAUACACGAACACUCGCAGAAGCAUGUAUCCAGUGCGCGCGAGACUCACUCAACAUCAUCACCGAAGCUUGGAGCGAAGGAUCGGUGCGGACAUUCAACUGCUUCACGACCCAGCAGCUCUUCUCCGCUACUACCAUCCUGGCUAUCGCGAGUCUGCUCACCGACAGUCCUGAAGAAGAUCGACAGAAGUUUGAAUUUGCCAGUCACCUGCUCGAAAGACUACGCGAUGCUGGAAACUAUCCUGCUAGGGAUUACUGCCAACACCUGGAUGGGAUCAAGACUGACAUACAGGGUCUUACAAUCGCGGAUGAUCCAUAUCCUUCAACAAACGACGCUAUCACCGAGGGACCGCUUUCAGGUGUCGAGGCUCAUCAGAAUGUCCCCGCUAUCCAGCCGCGCGCGUCCAUUGCGGACGUCGGACCGCCUCUACUUAUGACGCAGCAGGCUGCCGGUGGGAGCAGUGCCGUCUUCAUGGAGCCCUCAAUGGGCGCGUUCUUGUCACAGGACGAGUUUUUUCCGGCUCAACUGGACGAGUUCUUGACUGAUACACAAAUGCAAGGAAUCUAUUGGCCUACUCUGGACAGUGAUCUGGAUACGACAUACUAA